AUGGCAAAGGUGCUUGGCCGGGUGGCAGCCAGCGAAGCGGUGGCCACUAUCGGCUUUGCCAGCGAUGCACGCCAAGUAUCUUUGAUGCUCAAGAGAGGCUGUGCUGAGCCCACUGUAUACACGGAACGACGCUCUCUACACCGCUCUCUCGUUCUUUCGAACACCACUUCCAACCCUUUUGUCGAAAUGUUCUCCAUCUUUGCCCAGACUGCCUCGGUUUCCGUUUCGGAGUCCCAGACCCAGCCCACCAACGAGGGUGGCCGCAACGACGCCGUAUACGGCUACUCCAGCUGCACUACUCCCGCCGCCAUGGAUGCGAUCCAGGCUCUCGUCGAUGCCAUCGCCGACUUGUCCAGGUGGACUCGUCCACAGGGCCAUUUUCGCGAGCAGUACGCGCAAAUUCCGCGCUGGAAAAGACGUUAG